CAUGUAAACUGGAAAAAAUUAAACAACGUGUCGUCAUUACAAGUAAACUGUUCACACUCUCCUUAAUUCUCAGCUCCCUUAUUUCCCCAAACUGAAUUCAGCCAAUCUUCUAGCUUCUUCUCAGUUCUCUCUCUCUCUCUCUCUCUCUCUCUCUCAUACUAGAAGGAAGCCUUUUCCGGUCAAAUGGCGAGGAAGCCAACUAAGCGUUCACCAAAACUACCAUCAUUUUUCAAGGUCCUACUGGGUGAUGACUUCCCUUGGCAGCUGUUUCUACCACCUGCCUUUACGGUGCACUACAAUGGACCAUCUCACUGCAAAUGUGCCCUUAGAGGCCCUACCGGAAAAUGGUGGACAGUGGGUUUGGAAGAGAGGGAGGAUGGGUUUUACUUCCAUGAGGGUUGGCCGCGUUUCAUGACAGACCAUUCCUUAAAAGUUGGAUACUUUUUGGUGUUUGAUCAUCAAGGUGGCUCAAAGUUUGAUGUUACAAUCUAUCAUCCAAUGGGCUGUGACAUGAGAAGUAUGGGCAACUCUGUUAGGCCUGGAAAGAGACCUGCAACUGCUGCUGCUGUGGAAGAAACAUCAACUGGAUCCAUCGUGUUCAGAUCAGAGCAUCCAUGCUUCAUAGGAAUUCUAGGCAAGAACCAGUACCGCAUGAACAUCCCAAAGGAGCUAGCUGUAGCUGAAGGCCUCAUUGGAAAGGAGAGAGUGAUGCUUAAAGAUCCAAAUGGGAGAUCAUGGAACGUUAAGCUUAGGCUUGACGCAAAGGAGCAUCAUGGUGGUCGUUUGCUCAUGGCACAAGGGUUGGUAGCAUGUUGGCAAGCGAACAACAUUUCGCUCGGGGAUACAAUCGUUUUCGAGCUUGUCAAGAGGAGUGAAAUGGAGGUUCAUAUUUUCAGAACUGGAGCAGGAGGAAAUAUGCGUUCUGUUGUGCUUGAUGCCUCCAGUAGUGUCAAACAUUAAACCUCUAGUUUACUUCAUUGUCUAAUGUUCUGUCGUGCUGGAUAGCAUGUAUUUGGCUCCCAUGAUUAAAGUUGUAUGCGCCUUUGUUUGGUUAUGAAAGGGAAAGUCUAUCAAAAUUAGAAUUGAUUGAAA